UGCAGCAAGAGUGGUAUGUAGUAAUUACAGAAAUUCAGUUUUAUCUUUUCAAUACUGUUGGCAUGCUUUUGUGGAACUAAAAUUCUAUAUCUGCUAAAAACAGGUAAAGCACAUAAAGAAGUUCAUACAUGCUGUGAACUUGACUAAGAUGAGAAUGCCGGGAGAAAGCCAAGAUACAAAUGUCACUCGAGAAAAAUGCAAAGGCGAAGAUGAUAAGGAAAACCUGAUUAUUGUUGAAGAAGCAAUGACCGAUGAAGAAAAACAAACCAGGAACUGGAUCUUACAGAAUAACGUUGCGGAGACAGACUAUGAACUCUAUGAAGACUUUGACUGCCCGCAACAGAACCCAUCAUCUGGUGAUUGCAGGCCCUUUAUGCUACAUUACAUGGAGAGCAUUGUAAACGGCGUAGAACCAACCAAGGAAGGUGGGGACAACAUGAGGAAAAGACUGCUUGAGAGGUUUAUGCACCUAGUAUUGGGGAGAAAGUGAGGCAUGAGAUUAGAUAUAACAUAUUUAGACAUGUAGUUUUCAUAUCCGAAGAGUAGGGAUUGUAAAGAGGUCGUACUAGCCUAAUCUUCAAACUAUGGUGAAAUGAACUGCAUUAUUGGAUGAUUUAGUAUACUGAUGCUGACU